UCUCUCUCUCUCUCUCUCUCUCUCUCUCUCUCUCUCCUGCCCCCACCUCUGCCAUCCGUUUGACUAAUCUCUAUCUUCACGCUGCCGAAAGUAAGGAAAGAGGCUAUUGAGAGUGAGACUUGCUCUCUCUCAUAAUUCUUGCACCUUUUUCUUAGGGAUAACCUUUGCAUGUGUCCUAGCUUACGCCUCAUGUCAGCCACUUAGAAGACUGUUAAACCUAAAUGCGUAAAUGAUAGUGAUUGUUGUCGUUUUAUUUAAUUCACAGAGCUUUCACAUGCCAUCUCAGUGGGUUCAGUUGUGCGAGAGAGGGAGAGAGAGACCCCCUAAAUCGUCCGUUUUGUCUCUCUCACGCUUUGUAGGUGUUCUUCACUCGUGUCCUCUCUUUCUCUCUCUCUCUCUCUCACUCUCACUCUCAGAACCAAAGACCAUCACCAUCUCUCUCAUUUACUUUACCUACCACCUUCCUUGAGUAAGGCUGUCUUAAGCACUCUAAAGUCUUCAGAACUCCCUCUCUUUUUUCUACCUCGAUCUGAACUCAUGGCAAGAUGACAUGGUCCCGUUACAAUGAGCUCACUGAGCCAUGCUGUUCUCCUCGCCACCAGCCUCCUCUUAUCUCUCCUCAUUCUCAUCCCCGUCUCCUGCCUGGAUAAGUCGCCUCUUCCCUCUCCUGAGGGAAUGCUGCUGGAGCAGAAGAUCCGGUUAGGCUCCACGCCGCCGAGCUGCCACAACCGGUGCAACGAAUGCAAUCCAUGCACGGCGGUGCAGCUCCCCACCCUUCCAUUCCAACCCAAUCCUGUCAGCCCCAGUCGGGUCAGGGAGGCUCAUCAAAUGGAUGACCCCUCUUCUUACAGCAACCAGUACUCCAACUACAAGCCCCUGGGGUGGAAGUGCAGCUGCGGCGACCACCUCUAUAGUCCCUAGCUGCAGACGAGCUCUUCUCCACGGAUUGGUCCGCGUGAGAAGAAUCGUUGCUGCAGGUUCUUCACACUCGUUCUUUUUUGCUUUCCAUGUUGUUUUUACUGUUUGAAAGAGUGUAGGUUGCCAUUCUUUUUUAGGCUUACCGUGGCUUGCUAGGAGAGAGAACAGCUCUCGUUCUCCCUCAGUUUGUACUGUCUUCGUCCUUUUCUUUCUUUUCCGCGGAUGGAGUUGCCAUCUCGGGAUUCUGCGUGAUAGAUUGACUGAUCGUGUCCUAGCGAGAAGUCUCUCUCACGAACUGAGCGUAUGUUUGCGAUCGCUGCCUGUGUCGGGCUGUUGUAUUGGAUUUGAUAGAUCGAGUCCCCACCUGGAAUAUGAUAUAUAGCCUGACUGACAUCCUAUCUUGGAAUGGCUCAGUGGGCAGAAAGAUUGUCAUAGAUUUUGUCAUGAUGUUGUCACAACGUGGAUCAGUGUACCAAUAAAGCUGACGGGCGAUGUGGGACGAUAAAGACCAAUCAGUUCAGUUAUCAUAUCAGCUACAAAUAACCAUUUGGAUUUGAUAUAUAUUAGUUAACAGCCUAGUUAUCAC